AUGCCAUCAGCCUCUUCAAAACCCCAGAUCUUACCUGUGAACUUAACAGAGAGACUUGUCUGCAAAAUUGCUCCAAGUAGACCUCAGCCCCACUGCUACCUUCUGCCAGUGGGCUUGGAGCUCUGGGUUUAUGUUCAGAAAAUGCAUAAUCUGCAGAAGCAGAGGAUGGAGGCAUCCUGCCUGGAACUGGCCCUGGAAGGAGAGCGCUUGUGCAAGGCUGGGGACUUCAAAGCUGGGGCAGCCUUCUUCGAAGCAGCGGUGCAGGUGGGGACAGAGGACUUGAAGACUCUCAGUGCCAUCUACAGUCAGCUGGGCAAUGCCUAUUUCUACCUAAAGGAGUACUCCAAAGCCCUGGAGUACCAUAAACACGACCUUACCCUGGCCAGAACCAUCGGGGACCGCAUUGGAGAAGCCAAGGCAAGUGGCAACCUUGGGAAUACAUUGAAAAUACUUGGGCAAUUUGAUGAAGCUGUCGUUUGUUGCCAGAGACACUUGGACAUUUCUCAGGAGCAAGGAGACAAGGUGGGUGAAGCCAGAGCACUCUAUAAUAUAGGAAAUGUUUACCAUGCAAAGGGAAAGCACUUAUCUUGGAACAUGGCCCAAGACCCAGGCUUUCUGCCUCAAGAAGUCAAGGAGACGCUACAGAAAGCUUCGGAAUAUUAUGAGAGGAACUUGUCCCUGGUGAAGGAGCUGGGGGACAGAGCUGCGCAGGGCCGUGCUUAUGGCAACCUCGGCAACACCCAGUACUUACUUGGCAACUUCAGUGAAGCUAUAGCCUUCCACAAGGAGCGCCUUGCUAUUGCUAAGGAGUUUGGGGACAAGGCAGCCGAGCGGAGAGCAUACAGCAACCUGGGCAAUGCACACAUCUUCCUUGGGAGGUUUGACAUCUCUGCUGAGUACUACAAGAAAACACUCCAGCUCUCCAGACAACUCAAGGACCAAGCAGUAGAAGCCCAGGCUUGCUAUAGUCUUGGAAACACAUACACAUUGCUUCAAGACUAUGAAAGAGCAAUCGAGUACCAUCUAAAACAUCUGGUGAUAGCACAGGAGCUGGGAGACAGGGUGGGAGAAGGAAGGGCCUGCUGGAGUCUCGGAAAUGCCUAUGUCUCCUUGGGGAGCCAUGAACAAGCUUUGCACUUUGCAAGGAAACAUCUUGAGAUCUCCCAAGAGAUCGGGGACCGGAAUGGUGAGCUGACAGCACAGGUGAACAUGGCCCAGCUCAAGUCAGCCCUCGGCUUGGGCCCCGGGGAUGAAGAUGUGGGCAUGGCUCACCCCCAUUCUGGCUAUGAAGCACAAGGAGCCAGGCCAAAGAGACUCCAAAGGAACAGCAUGGACAGCUUAGACCUCCUGAAGUUCCCUUCUGAAAAGGACCAGAAUGGGGACAGCCAUCACAUGGGAGACCUGAAGAUCUCUGGGAAAGAGUUCUUGUCAUUACCUGCGAGGUCGAAGAAAUACCGGGAGCACCAGUCCGGUUCAGAGAGAAGGUCCCACAGGUCAAGUACAUCGCCACUGGAUACCAGCGAAGUCCGAGUCCAGGUGUCGCAGUCGAAAAUCAACCGGACCCCUUCGGAUGAGGAAUGCUUCUUUGACCUGCUGAGCAAGUUCCAGAGCAACCGGAUGGAUGAUCAGCGCUGCCCGUUGGAAGAAUGCCCAUCAGAGGCUGCAGAGGCAGCUGCCACACCAGUCCCUGCCCUGGAAGAACGGAUAUCCCAGUCCUCCUUAAUGGCGUCUCCACAGACAGAGGAAUUCUUCGAUCUCAUCGCCAGCUCCCAGAGCAGACGGCUGGAUGACCAGCGUGCCAACGUGGGCAACCUGCCAGGCCUCCGGAUAACACACAACAACCUGGGGCACCUGCGUGUGGAGGGGGAUGCCCAAGAGCCCGGGGACGAGUUCUUCAACAUGCUCAUGAAGUGUCAGUCCUCCAGGAUAGACGACCAGCGCUGUGCACCACCAGACUCCAUCCCCCGUGGCCCCACCAUGCCUGAUGAAGACUUCUUCAGCCUCAUCCAGCGUGUCCAGGCCAAACGCAUGGACGAGCAGCGGGUAGAUUUGGCCUCAGCCCAGGAGGAGGCAGGAGAGGAGCAGCAGAGGCCUGGCUCCAGCUAA